AGGUGUUUCCAGAUCAAUUGCCAGGAGGACCACCGGACCUCCAGGUCGAGUACACCAUCGACUUAGUAUCCCGAGCUGGUCCCGUCUCGAAAGCCUCCUAUCAUAUGACGCCAAAGGAGCUUCAAGAUCUCAAGGCCCAAAUCUAGGAAUUGCUCAGACUCGGUUUCAUUCGGCCGAGC